GAAGCGUGAGGUGCCAAGAGACCGAUGCUGACCAAGCCCAGCCCCUCUGGAAGGACAGCCCUUGCCUGCUGCUUCACCACAGCUAACAGCCAUCCCACCAGCUGGCCAGUGUCCAUCCAUGGAGGUGAAGCAGACACCCCCACCUUCCUUAUCGCCCUCACUGACCACCGAUGAAGAUGACCUGUGCACGAUAGAGGUCCCUGCCAUGGCCAUGGACUGUGUCACUCUGCUCAUCGGGCUCUGUGGGCUGGUGGGCAACGGGGCUGUCCUCUGGCUCCUGGGCUUCCGCAUCCGCAGGAACCCCGUCACCGUCUACAUCCUCAACCUGGCCAUCUCUGACUUCACCUUCCUCCUCUUCAUGCUCACCUCAUCCCUCCUCUACAUGCUGGAGAACUUCUACUGCUCUACUGCCUUCCUGAAGUACCUACAGCCGCUUUUCCUGCUCUCGCUCUUCUCCUACAACAUGGGCCUGUAUCUCCUCACAGCCAUCAGCAUCGAGAGGUGUGCGUCCGUCCUCUGCCCCAGCAACAGCCGCCCCCAGUGGUUGUCAGCGGUGGUGUGUGCCCUGCUCUGGGCCCUCUCCAUCGCUGUCGUUGCUGCAGUGUCUUCUCUGUGCCUGGCACACCACCAUGAGCACUGCCAGGUGGCUCUCAUCUCCAUGUACGCCCUUGACUUCCUCAUCUUUGCCCCACCCAUGGUGAUUUCCAAAGUGAUCCUGUUCUUUAAUGUCCUCUGUGUCUCCCAGGAGCCCCAACCCAAGAGGCUCUACAUCGUUAUCUCCCUCACUGUCCUCUUCUUCCUCCUCUUCGCUCUUCCCCUCAGCAUCUGGAGUUUCCUGCAGCAGUUUGGCUACUACUUCAUGUCCUCCCAGGUGGUUUUCCUGCUCGCCUGCAUCAACAGCAGCAUCAAUCCCUUCAUCUACUUCUUGGUGGGCAGCUGCCAGCGGUGCUGCUCCUGGGUGUCCCUCCAGGUGGCCUUUCAGAGAGUCUUUGAGGAGGCAGCAGAAAGCACAGCCUGCAGCAAUGGUACCACCAUGGACAUGCUGAGCCCAGCCUGUUGAAGUCUUUCCACCACCCUGCUAA